GUGAACCAGCCAGUUGCUCCACAUUCAUCAUCCCUCCAGCAUCAUACCUGGUAUUCAAGUGUUCAUUAUACUGUGAACCAGCCAGCUGUUUCACAUUCAUCCCUCCAGCAUCAUACCCGGUUGACGAGCCAUGGAAGACAAAAUAUACUCGGCCAAGAUGGUAAUUCUCAUCCUUCAUUUCUUCAUCAUUCCCACCGUCACUACACAAAACAUUGACACACACACAGACUCGGCAAUGACGGAUGAAGAAUUGCUUCAGGGGAUACAGGAAGAACUGAAUAACAUCGAGAACUUCCUGAAGCGGCUGAUGCAAGUGGUAAACCCACAAACCACUAGUGUAGCCACCCACACAUCCACUGAAGCCACUCAUAUGCCCACUGAAACCACUGAUACACCCACUAAAACCACUGAGAGAUACACUGAAACCACUGAUGUGCCCAGUGAAAUCACUGAUACACCCACUGAAGGCACUGAUAAACCCACUGAAACCACUGAUACACCCACUGAAACCACUGAUACACCCACUGAUAUACCCACUGAAACCACUCACAUACCCACUGAAACCACUGAUACACCCACUGAAGCCACUUAUACACCCAUUGAAACCACUGAUACACCCACUGAAACCACUUAUACACCCAUUGAAACCACUGAUACGCCCACUGAAGCCACUAACACAACCUCCGAAACCACUGAAAUUAGUGAUGCACCCACUGGAACACCAAGUGAAACCACUGAUAUACCCACUGAAACCACUUAUACGAUCAUUGAAACCUCUGAUAGAUCCACUGAAAUUAGCGCGACAUCCACUGAAAAGGCUGAAGUCACUGAUGCCUCCACCGAAAGCAGUUAUACAUCGACUGAAACCGUUGAUGUAUCUACUGAAACCACUGACGUAUCUACUGAAACCACUGAUAUCACUGAAACCAUUUAUAUCACUGAAACUACUGACAUGUCUACUGAAACCGCUGAUGUAACUGAAACCACUGACAUAUCCAAUGAAACCACUGACGCAUCUACUGAAAUCACUGACGUAUCCACUGAAAGCACUGACGUAUCCACUGAAACCACUGACGUAUCCACUGAAACCACAGACGUAUCUGCUGAAACCACUGACGCAUCUACUGAAAUCACUGACGUAUCCACUGAUAUAACUGAAACCACUGAUGUAUCCAUUGAAACCACUGAUAUAACUGAAACCACUGACGUAUCCACUGACGCAUCCGCUGAAACCACAGACGUAUCUGCUGAAACCACUGACGUAUCCACUGAAAUCACUGAUACAACUGAAACCACUGACAUAUCGAAUGAAACCACUGACGCAUUUACUGAAACCACUGACAUAUCCACUGAAACCCCUGAUAUAACUGAAACCACUGACGUAUCCACUGAAACUACUGACAUAUCCACUGAAAUCACUGACGCAUCUACUGAAACCACUGACGUAUCCACUGAAGCCACUUAUAUAACUGAAACCACUGACGUAUCCACUGAAACCACUGACAUAUCCACUGAAAUCACUGACGCAUCUACCGAAACCACUGACGUAUCCACUGAAACCACUGAUAUAACUGAAACCACUGACGUAUCCACUGAAACCACUGACGUAUUCACUAAAACCACUGACAUAUCCACUGAAAUCACUGACGCAUCUACUGAAACCACUGACGUAUCCACUGAAGCCACUGACACCUCCAUUGAUGCAUCAGCUGAUACCUUCACUGAAACCACUGGUGCAUCCAUUGAAACCACGGAAACUGCUGGUAUAUUUACUAAUUCUCCCACUGAAAGAGCUGAAGUAUCUACUCAAACCACUGACGUGUCCACUGAAACACCUGGUGAAACCUCUGAUGAAACCACAAAUACACCCACUUCAACCGCUGAUACUCCCACUGAAACAUCUGCCGAAAUUAUUGAUACAUCCACUGAAACCGUUCAUACACCCACUGAAGUCCCUCAAACAGCCACUGAAACCACUCAUUCAGACACUGAAACCACUAAUAUACCCACUGAAACCACUCAUUCAGACACUGAAACCAUUCAUAAAGUCACUGAAACCACUCAUACACCCACUGAAGUCACUCAAACAGCCACUGAAACCGCUCAUACAGACACUGAAACCACUAAUACACCCACUGAAGCCACUCGCACGGACAUUGAAACCACUGAAACCACGGAUACAGCUACUGAAACUACUGAAACAUCCACUUCUCCUGAAAUGGAAAGAAAAUCCUCUCAUACAAAAAGAGCGGCAGAUCUGCCUGAUUCAGGACGAGAUUCAGACAUUCAGGUAUACAAGGAAAGGAAUUCAGGUGAUUCAAGAAAAGAUUCACCUGAAAUCGAGCUGUUUGAUAGUGAACGUCAAGAACUGAGCCAUGACGCAGUUUUCGAAGCACAGGCUGAAAAUUUAUUGUUUCAGGCAUUUGCGGAUAAUGUAGACAUGGUUACACUUCAUGAAAAUACUUCAGAAGAGUCAUACGCUGAAGCAAUGAUGUCCUUUGGGACAAAGGCGGACGUUGGACGCGAACGUAUAAAGAACCGGUAUCGCCCGUCAAGGUCUUCAAGACUAGAGCGAGUUAGACGGAGUCUGUCACUUCCUGAAGCAUCAACUAUCACUUCAGAAGGCUUCUGCAACAUUAGGGACCCCCAGAACGAGAAUAAAAUCUGUAGACGUCUCACAGACGUCAUGGGCAACAUCCACCAGACGACGCAGGAGAUCUCUAAGGGCCAGGUGUCCAAGGGACAACUCGAGGACCUGCAGACGCACUCGGAGGAGCUGGAGGACGUCGUUCGGAGGUGGAGGCAGACCCGAGCCUAGUCGAAAUCCUAAAUAAGAACGUCCUCUCGUCUGACCUGCAAAACUUAGAGAUGAAUGUAAAGAAAGCAGAGCACUCUGUGAGCAGAACACUGGCUGGGGUGCAGAGGAUGGACGUGACUCUGGUGGUGGUGAUAGCAGUGGUGGGAGGAGUGAUGGUGAUAGCACUGCUCCUGCUUGCUGCCUUCGUCAUCCACAGGAAAAGACAGAUCAACAAACAGGAAAAAAAGUAUCGCCAGGAGAUCCGGGGAGAGUGCAUUCCAGUGAGUAGCUUCCUGGAGGGUGGUCAUGACAACCCAGCCUUCACUGACACACCAGCAAGACCCGUCAUUGGCUCUAUUCCAAGGGUCAGGAGCGCCGUCGAUGUUUGUGGCUUCAGAUCUUCUUGUGCCUCUUACAGUCUUCCCAGAGACAACAGACCUUGUGUAAACCCCAAGGGUAGUAAGACUUCGUACUGGACCGACUCGCGUCCCUUCAGCCCCUAUUAUAGCGCACCUGAGACAGUUUGUGACAGCCGGCAGUGUGAGGAUGGCAAGGAAGUUCCCCGUCGUCCCAGGUGGUCGUCCCCCAGUCGGCAGUGUGAGGAUAGCAAGGAAGUUCCCCGCUGCUCAAGGUGGUCGUCCCCCAGCCGGAAGUGUGAGGAUGGCAAGGAAGUUCCCCGCUGCUCAAGGUGGUCGUCUCCCACUGACGACAAAAACGACCCGUACUCGUUGGAGCGAGAUGGCCACAAUGUGAACAGAGUUCAGACGGGCGUCCUGCGUCGAAUAGACCCUUAAUUAUUGAAACAUUUUAUCAACUAACCCAAAAUUUGGAGAUGGAGCAUAAUGUUGAAUGAACCACUUUAUCAAGUGGCUUUAACAAGUCACUUGUGCUGUGACCCAUACGAAUUUGGCGCUUCUUUAUGAAUUUAAUGAUAAUAAUUAAGUCUGUUAUGACUUGAUAAUAUUCCUUAGAAGACUGAAAUAUCGUCUAAAGCUUCCACUCCAUAUUGUGGGUUAACUGAGAAUUGUUCCAGCUGCAGUAAUGUAUACCUGGAGGGUGUUCCUGGGGUCAGUGCCCCUCUCGGCCCGGUCCAUGACCAGGCCUUCUGGUGGAUCAGAGCCUGAUUAGCUAAGCUGUUAUUGCUGGCUGCAUGGAAACCAGCGUACGAACUACAGCCCGGCUGGUCAGGUACUGACUGUAGGUCCAGCUCCCCCUUGAAGACCCCCACGGGUCUAUUGGUAAUCCCUUUAUAUAUACUUUUAGAGAACUCUUCUGUUUAAACGAACCGAUUCCCAAUUAACAGUAUAAAUUCCCUUCACGAAAAUGACCAUUAAUAAGGGGAAGAGGCAGAGAUGGGACACUAACUUUCAAAAGAAAAAUAAUAUCUAUAUGGGAGAAUAACGGACGAAAUAUUUCUUAGCCAAAGAAGGAUAGAAAUUGAGAUGGAGAUUAAGGAAGUCAGUCCCUCAGCCUGGAGUCGACCUGUUCAGUCCAUCAGUCUAACUUUUCUUAAGACUGAAGGACUGAAAAUAUCGAGUCCAAGCUGGGGGGACUGAUUACUUCAGAAUUCUCCUCACCUUCCACCAUUCUUGAAAUGGAAUGAAGAAGCCAUUGACUGGCUUAUAUAUGACAUUUUGAUUCAUUAUAUAUUAUUUCUCAGUGUAAACACUGCAUUAUAUCACCAUAAUUAUCACAUUUCUCUUUUGUUCUGAAUCAUAUCUUGAUAAUUACAAAAUGGAUCCAAAUCAA